AUGUAUUCUGUCGUUUCAGGAGAACUUCACGUUCCGUUAGAAGUAUGUGGAGCUGUGGUGAAGCGAGAGUUGGACUACUGGCACGUAAACCAAUACUGCAUCAAAUCUUGUUGUUGGCGACAUUACCGUUCCUACAUUGAGAACAAAGCCAUACUCGACUCCUUCAACCGUAGUCUGGAAAAGGAAAGAGUACAUAUAAAUAUAGACGAUUAUAUUGGAUGGAAACGUUUUCAGAUGAAAAUAUGGAUGAUACUGGAGCACCCGAGGACAUCAAGAGUUGCAAUGAUUUACGGCGUUGUUUCGCUGUUGUUUGUGGUUGUUUCCAUCCUCGGCUUCUGCCUUGAAUCCCUUCCUAUGCUGCAAAAGCCCGUGGGAAACACCACUCGUUCUACCAAUACAACAGGCGGAUGCGAGGGUUCUGCACAGGCGAUGACCCAGAAUGAAGCCCUCAACAUUCUUGAUAUCAUCUGUACUGUCUACUUUACCAUCGAAUUGGCGGUCAGAUUCUUUUUCGCUCCUGAAAAAAUAAAGUUUGUUCGUUCUAUGAUGAAUAUCAUAGAUUUGUUAGCGUUAGUUCCGUUGUACAUGCAACUUCUUAUAUUCAACACUGAAGAUUUAAAUUCAUGCUAUGUAAACGGACGUCUUGUGAUAGAAAUAAUGUUUUUGCUAAGAAUAGUGCGAAUGUUCAGAAUCAUGCAUCUUGUAAAACACUACCAGGCGCUGAAGAUAUUAGUUUAUGCCCUCAAGGCCAGUGUCCAGGAGCUGCUCAUGCUGGCUAUCUUUCUCAUCAUCGGCAUGCUUGUAUUUGCAUCCAUGAUUUACUAUGCAGAACGAAAGGACGCUGUUCAACCAAGCGAUACGUUCAACACAAUUCCAAUGGGAUUUUGGUGGGCGCUUAUCACUAUGACUACGGUAGGGUACGGUGACGUAUUUCCUACUAAACCAAUCGGAUACGUUGUAGGGGCCGCUUGUGCCGUGAGUGGUGUAUUAAUGAUAGCACUUACCAUUCCUGUUAUAUCAAACAACUUCACACUUUUCUACACGCACGUGCGAUCACGUGGAACAAAGGAAGAAGAGCGCGACAGGUACAGAAACAGCAUGAGCACGUGCGUGAAUAACCCUUUCCGAGAGGAUACCGUGAUCAGCCAUUCUGAGGAGGACGGGUACGGGACCAUCUCAUUGCUGGAGGAGAAGAGAAAGCCGUCCAACGGUUCUGUCAUUGAAACAUACAUGAAUGGUCAUGCUACGCUCAGGAACUUUCCAGGAAGGAAAUCACCCAAGUAUAAGCAUUUCCAAAAGCUGGCCGAGGCUACAUCACUUAACGAUGUAGUCAUUCGGAAUUCCGAGUUCGACCUGCAUAGAGCAAACAGCGAUAAAGCGCGUUCCGAUGAUGGGGUCGCUUAUGCCGGUGAAACAAUUUUGUAG